AGUCAAUGUGUGGAAGCGGGAUUUAAACACAAGCAAAGGUAGGUGAAACCGUAUAGGCAGUGAACAUCUAUAAGCGAAUGAACGUGUAAAACUCCACAAUAAAGUUGCAAUGUCCAUAGCCUACGAGUUAGAAAUGGGCUACCAUUCAAACGCCACACGUUAUUAAAUGAAAUUAUAUUGGAAAGCUCUUUUUUGCAAUCCAUCCAUCCAAUAUAAAUGUGCUUGUACUGCACUUACACUUUUCUGGUUAAGCCUACAUUGUGGACUUCAUUAAGAGCAAGGGGCGUUCCAUCGUGACGCAUUAGCCCCCUCUUUCUCGCGCAGCUAAAUCUGAAAGGGAGGAGCUAGGACAGGCAUUGUGUGGUUUCAAGCAGGUCCUCCACUUUGCUAUAAAUGAGGUGAACGUCUAGUAGUUUAGUCAGUGAUUCUUGAACGCAUCUUCAUCUUCAACAUGAGCGGACGUGGAAAGGGUGGAAAAGGACUCGGCAAAGGCGGCGCCAAGCGUCAUCGCAAAGUUCUGCGUGACAACAUCCAGGGCAUCACCAAGCCUGCAAUCAGGCGUUUGGCUCGCCGCGGUGGCGUAAAGCGCAUUUCCGGUCUCAUCUACGAGGAGACCCGCGGUGUGCUCAAGGUGUUCCUUGAGAAUGUCAUCCGCGAUGCCGUCACUUACACCGAGCACGCAAAGAGGAAGACCGUCACUGCCAUGGAUGUUGUCUAUGCUCUGAAACGCCAGGGCCGUACUCUGUACGGAUUUGGCGGCUAAGAACUUCCUGCUUCUCCGAUACGACCCAAAGGCUCUUUUAAGAGCCGCCCAAAUAUCUGAAAGUUCAUUCCAAUAGUAUUACUUGCAUGAUCAGUGGACAUGUCUGAAAUAUAUGGCACAGCAGACGUUGGCCAAUUUAACUCAACAUAACCACCUGGCAUUGAAGGCGCAAGUCUUAGUCCGUGCAUCACUGAAUAAUACCUUCCCCAGGCCCAGCCCUUUACUUCCAACUCGAUUGUAUUGCGAAUUACACAUGCUGUGGGUAGCCUAUGGCAGCAUUUUAAUUUAAACUACUGUAUCGACAUUCUACGGAUUUCGGGACAUGCCGAUGUAGGUCUA